GAUCUGUUGGCUGCCGCCUUCCUGCUUAAUGUAGAUGAGGCUUAGGACAGACACAACCUGCCGCUGAAUCACCGUCGGGACUUUUUGUGAACGGAGUCAUGUGCGUAUAAUGUCGCCGCUGAGGACGCGCAGCUGAAGGUGAAUAAUCGUGGAUCCAGCCGGUAGUUACAGAAGAGGUGAACGCACCUUGCAUCCAGCCAUGGGAGGUCAGAUCACUAGAAAUACCCUCUACGAUUCUCUAAACGGGCCGUUCCCUGCCACAUCCCACCGAUGCCACCACAAGCCCAAGCGCUGCCUGCCCAUACAACCAUGUGGAAAUUUGUCCUCCUUCCCUCUACUCUUCCACCCCAGCACCAAGGGCUCGCAGAUCGUCAUGGACAUGUCCCAGAGGACUGUCAAGAGACAGGCCAGCUUCUGUAACGCCAUCACCUUCACCAACAGACCUAUCGCUGUGUAUGAGCAAGUUCGCCUGAAGAUCACUAAAAAGCAGUGCUGCUGGAGUGGUGCUCUGCGUCUUGGUUUUACAUCUAAAGACCCAUCGAGGAUCAACCCAGACACUUUGCCGAAGUAUGCCUGCCCGGACCUGGUCUCCCAGAGCGGCUUCUGGGCCAAAGCCUUGCCAGAGGAGCUCUCCAAUGAGGGACACAUCAUCUCCUUCUGGGUGGACAAGAAGGGCCGGGUGUUUUACCGAAUCAAUGACUCCAGCCCAAUGCUCUUCUUUAGCGGGGUACAUGUCUCUGAACCUCUGUGGGCUCUCAUAGACGUCUACGGCCUCACCAGGGGCGUCCAGCUGCUAGACAGUGAGAUGCUCCCCCUGGACUGCCUGCGUCCUCGUUCUUUUGCUGCAACCCACCGGGCCAUUAACCAUAACGGCGACGACCCUCGCCUUUCCAUCAGCCUGUGUGACCUGAGCCUGCAGCAGCAAGAGACUCAUCUGGAGGAAGACGAUGAGGAAGAGGAACGGCUACAACCCUUAAGCUCCACGUCCUGCCACGUGCCCCAAAACUCUCAAAACUCACAGCAGUGCUCACUGCUGCCCAGCCAUUUGGACAGUGAUCUCCACUUCCACUCUGUGCACGGCGUCCAUGUUACUGAGCUGGAUAAGCACACGGUGGCGCGGCUGGAUCACCGUGGUGACGAGAGGACGCUGGUGUUCACCAGCCGACCGAUGCGCUGCUCAGAGACUGUGUUUGUGAAGGUGAAGGCAGGUGUCACACGGCCUGGGUCUCUUUCUUACGGUGUGACAUCAUGUGACCCAGACACACUGAGGCCCAGCGACCUCCCAUCCAACCCAGAGUCCCUGGUUGACCGCAAAGAAUUCUGGGCAGUGUGUCGGGUGGUGGUGCCACUCCACAGUGGCGACAUCUUGGGCUUUGUGGUGAACGCUGAAGGCGAAGUCAUGAUGAGCCAUAACGGCAUCAGUGCAGGGAUGCAGCUGUGUGUCGAUAACUCCAGGCCACUCUGGAUGUUCUACGGUCUGCACGGCACCAUCACACAACUCAGGAUUUUAGGCUCAUCUCCGCACACAGACCUUCGGGGCCCGUCGGUCCCCAGCUCCCCGUCCUGUAACACCCCCACAAUGCUUUGCAGCGGCAACUCCGAGCCCAACCUCAACACACCCUUGAACAUCAACCUCAAUUCAAGCCUCAAUUCCGACUACCACUCAGUCUUUUCUUCCUCCACAGGUACAACCCCGAGCUCCCCGUUCUCCAGCCACCCGGAGUCCCCUACUUUCCCGUCCUGCUCGGGCUCAUGGAGUGACGAAUGCACCAUUUGCUACGAGAAUGUGGUGGACACCGUCCUCUACGCCUGUGGACACAUGUGUCUCUGCUACGCCUGUGGCCUCAAACUCAAGAAGAUGGCUAACGCGUGCUGCCCCAUCUGCAGGAGGACAAUCAAAGAUAUCAUCAAGACCUACCGGAGCACGUAGGCUCGUGUUUAGACAAUGUGUCUCAUCGUCAGGUUCAGCUCAAGAUGUUGUCAAAGCCAUGUAAGACGUUAUAAAGACAGACACAGCACAAGUGAAAGCCCCACUUGUUCGUGUGUGCAGUCUGGCUCAGGUACUCUACAGCAGGACUCCCUCCAUCCCUUUAAACAUUUUAUUUCAAAUGCACAUCCUUGGAAAACUCACAGUAGUUCCUGCCUGGGAUAUCUCAUCAGAGACCAUCCAAAAAUACAGUGUGGUAAAUGGAAACAAAAUGUGUGCUAUUGCAGUUAGGACUUGCACCAAACAUCACAUUUUGACCCACUAUUGUCCAGUGACUCUGUGAUUUAUGCGUCUGUUGAAGAGAAAAUAGUAAUCUGAAGAGGCUCCUGUCCUACUUCCUGCAAAGUAACCCUUCAUUCUGCUGGUGAUAGCAUUGCUGCUAGCUAGUUUUAGAAGAGGUAAAACUGUCCAGAGCUGCAGAAGACAUCAAGGAGUGUCAGAGAGCACUGGGUGGGGAAAAAAAGUGUUG